UGUUGGAUAACUAUGGGGAGUGAAAGACGAUAUCGCUCAUGUGACUAUUGGUUUGCUUUUUAUUUUUCCUUACUGCUGUGUUUCGGAAAGCAGACUUUGGCUGAAUUGAGGUACUCUAUCCCAGAGGAAAUGAAAGAAGGUACCGUUGUUGGAAAUGUUGCCAAGGAUCUUGGUCUGGAAAAAACCUCUUUGAUUGAUCGACGGUUUCGAGUUGUUUCUGGAUCUAAGGACGCUUUUUUUGAGGUAAACCCGGACAAUGGUGCCUUACAGGUCCGUACGAAAAUCGACAGAGAGAAGCUGUGUCACGGUAGUGGUGUGUGCUUAAUGGAGCUGAAAAUUCUUGUCGAAGACCCUUUGGAAAUGCACCACGUAGUUGUAGAAAUUACUGACGUAAAUGAUCACUCUCCUAAUUUUUCUGAAAAGGAACAACAAUUUAAAAUAGCAGAACAUACAUCUCUGGGAACGCGAUUUGAAUUACACGCCGCCCGCGAUCCGGAUGCUGGAAUUAAUUCGAUUCGCACAUAUACAUUGACGUCAAAUGAUCAUUUUGAAAUAGAAAUUAGCCAAAGCGAUGAUGAUAAAAUACCAUUUUUAGUGCUGAAGAAAUCGUUAGACAGAGAACAAAAGAAUACACUCGAACUGAUGGUAACAGCAGUUGAUGGAGGUAAACCCCAAAGAUCUGGCAAACUAAAUGUUUCUAUUAUUGUUCUUGACAUUAAUGAUAAUCGUCCGAUAUUUAGUCAAGAUACUUACCAAAUAGAAAUAUAUGAAAACCUCCCAGUUGGUACUACUGUUACAAGAGUGAAUGCAAUAGACCCAGACGAAGGGACGAAUGGGGAAGUAGAAUACAGCCUUAGUAGAACAUUGGCACGUAAAGUUUACGAGAUAUUUGAAUUAGAUAGUUUAAGUGGAACAAUUAAACUGAAAGGAGUCGUGGACUUUGAGGACUCGGAGAUUUAUAAACUGGAUAUUCAGGCGUCUGACAAAGGAACACCUCCAUUAACAAGCAGGUGUAAAGUCAUUGUAAAGAUAAAAGACGAAAAUGACAACAAUCCGGAAAUAGAAGUAACAUCACUGUCAAAUACAGUGCCUGAAGAUUCAAAGCCUGGUACAGUUAUUUCACUUAUUAGUGUGACGGAUAAAGACUCCGGUGUAAAUGGAAAAAUUAUCUCACGCAUAUCAGAGGGCUUGCCUUUUGAAUUAAAGCCUUCUUAUAAGGAAAACAUAUAUUCAGUUGUCACGAAAAGAUUUUUGGAUCGAGAGGAAGUGUCACUAUAUGAAAUAACAAUAAAAGCCACUGAUUGUGGUGAACCUCCAUUAUUUACUGUUAAAACACUGAGUAUUCAGAUAUCAGAUGUAAAUGAUAACAGACCACAAUACUCCCAAAAUCCAUUACAGUUUUACCUGAUAGAGAAUAACGUUGCAGGACAUUCAAUUUUCUCUGUUAGUGCAACGGACAAAGACGUAGAUGAAAAUGCAGCAGUGUCAUACCAUAUUGUAAGAGGAAGGAAUGAAAAUGACGUAACGUCCUUCCUAAAUAUGAACUCUGAUAAUGGACACAUUUCCGCUCUAAAAGGUUUUGACUUUGAAACCCUGAAAACGUUCCAUUUCCAAGUUGUCGCCUCAGAUUCUGGAACUCCGUCACUAAGCAGCAACGUCACAGUGAACGUGUUCAUUCUGGAUGAGAACGACAACGCUCCAGUCAUCCUGUAUCCAGUCAGCUCGAACGGUUCUGCUGAAGGUGUGGAGGAGGUUCCCCGCAAUGUGAACGCAGGACACUUGGUGACUAAAGUCAGAGCCUAUGACGCUGAUAUAGGAUAUAACGGCUGGCUGCUGUUUUCACUGCAGGAAGUUACUGACCACAGUCUCUUUGGGUUGGACCGCUAUACAGGACAGAUCAGAACACUUCGGUCAUUCACAGAGACAGACGAGGCGGAGCAUAAACUUGUCAUACUGGUGAAAGACAAUGGGAACGUGUCACUCUCAGCAACAGCGACUGUAAUUGUCAAAGUUGUGGAGCCCAAAGAGGCUUUUGCUGCCUCUGAUGUUAAAAGUGCAACAAACGAUGAGGAGGAUAACAAUGUGACUUUUUACCUGAUGAUAACUUUGGGCUCAGUUUCAACUCUUUUUCUCAUCAGUAUCAUCGUGCUGAUUGCAAUGCAGUGCUCUAAAUCCACAGACUACACUUCAAAAUAUCUACAAGAGACUAAUUAUGACGGGACCCUGUGUCACAGCAUCCAGUACAGAUCUGGAGAGAAACGCUACAUGUUAGUUGGACCCAGAAUGAGUAUAGGAUCUACUAUAGUCCCGGGCAGCCACGCGAACACACUCGUGCUCCCUGACAGGAGACAUACAUCUGGAGAGGUAAGAUAUAUUCAUGUGCAAAGUUUGAAAUGA